GGCGCCAUGAACGCGGCGGUGGCGCGGCGGACGCAGGAGGCGCUGGGCAAGGUGAUUCGGAGGCCGCCGCUCACGGAGAAGCUGCUGAGCAAGCCCCCGUUCCGCUACCUGCACGACAUCAUCACCGAGGUGAUCAGGAUGACUGGCUUCUUGAAAGGUCUCUACACAGACACGGAGAUGAAGUCAGAUAAUGUCAAGGAUAAAGAUGCAAAAAUUAGCUUCCUACAGAAGGCCAUUGAUGUGGUUAUGAUGGUGUCAGGAGAGCCCUUGUCGGCAAAACCAGCCCGAAUCGUGGCAGGGCAUGAGCCUGAAAAAACCAAUGAACUGCUUCAGACAAUUGGCAAGUGUUGUCUCAACAAGCUGUCCAGCGAUGAGGCGGUGAAGAGAGUUUUAGCCGGGGAGAAGGGAGAUGCCAGGGCAAGGGCUUCACGGACCUCUAAAGCUCACGAGUCUGACAAUAAGAACGUGAAGGAAGGAGAGUCCAGGACUCACAAAGAGGAUAAAAGAAACUCUGAAAUAAAGGAGAGAAGUACAAGCAGAGAGCGAAAACAGAAGGAAGAACUGAAAGAACAAAGCAAACCAAGAGAAAAGGAAAGGGACAAGGAGAAAACGAAGGAGAGUGACCGAGACCGAGACCGAGAGCGGCAUAAAGAGCUGGACAGAGACAAGCACCGCGAGGGGGAGCGGGCGCGGGCGAGGACCAAGCAGGAGCGGGAGCGGGAGGCCGAGCGGGACAGGGACAGGGACAGGGACAGGGACAGGGAGAGGAAAGGCGAGGGCGGGAAGGACAAGGACAGGGUGAGGGACCGGGACCGGGAGCGCGACAAGGCAAAGGACCGGGAACGGCGCAGAGGGAAGAAUGGGGAGCCCUCCAGGGACCCCGACAGGGAGAAGAGCAGAGAGCCCGACAAGCUGGAGAAGAAGUCAGCAAGCUCAGGAGAGACUUCUAGAAAGACGUUGGAUGGAUCUUUCAAAGACUCCAAAGCAGAUGCAGAGGCUGAGAGUUGCAUAGGAGCAUCCAGGUCAUUGACAUCAAAAACAUCGAAAUGGCGAUCCAAGAAUUCUGUGGAAGGUGAUUCCCCCAGUGAUGCAGAAGGAGAAGCCAGACCUACUGGCCAAGAGAAGCCCGAGGUGCCAGAAAACUCGGAAGUGCUCAGUGAGCUCUCCUCCAGCCUCAGAAGAAUACCUCGGCCUGGGAGUGCGAGGCCAGCCCCUCCCCGCGUCAGACGACAGGAGAGCUCAGAGACACUGGUGGUGGACAGGUCAGGGAGUGGCAAGACUGUCUCCAAUGUGAUCAUAGACUCUCAGAACUCUGACAAUGAGGAUGAUGAGCAGUUCGUGGUGGAAGAUGCCCCUCAGCUCUCAGAGAUGUCUGAGAUUGAAAUGGUGCCGGCCAUGGAGCUGGAGGACGAGGAGAAGCACGGUGGACUUGUGAAAAAAAUUUUGGAGACUAAGAAAGACUAUGAAAAAUUGCAGCCGUCGCCGAAGCCUGGCGAGAAGGAGAGAUCGCUAGUCUUUGAGUCAGCAUGGAAGAAGGAGAAGGACAUCGUGUGUAAGGAGAUGGAGAAGCUCCGAGUGUCCAUCCAGACCCUGUGCAAGAGCGCCCUGCCCCUGGGGAAGAUCAUGGACUACAUCCAGGAGGACGUGGAUGCCAUGCAGAACGAGCUGCGGCUGUGGCACUUGGAGAACCGGCAGCACGCAGAGGCCCUGCACAAGGAGCAGAGCAUCACGGACUGUGCUGUGGAGCCCCUGAAGGCAGAGCUGGCAGAGCUGGAGCAGCUGAUCAAAGACCAGCAAGACAAGAUCUGCGCCGUGAAGGCCAACAUCCUAAAGAAUGAGGAGAAGAUUCAGAGGAUGGUGCACAGCAUCAACCUGACCUCACGGAGUGCAGGUCCCAAUCUGAAGGAGUGGCUGAGGGAGCAGUUUUGUGACCACCCCUUGGAGCACUGUGAAGAUACGAGGCUCCAUGAUGCGGCCUAUGUGGGAGACCUUCAGACCCUCAGGAACCUGUUGCAAGAGGAGAGCUACCUGAGCCGCAUCAACGAGAAGUCUGUCUGGUGCUGUGGCUGGCUGCCCUGUACACCACUGCGAAUUGCAGCCACUGCAGGCCACGGGAACUGUGUGGACUUCCUGAUUCGCAAGGGAGCUGAGGUGGAUCUGGUAGAUGUCAAGGGACAGACUGCACUGUAUGUAGCUGUUGUGAAUGGGCAUCUAGAGAGCGCCGAGAUCCUUCUGGAAGCUGGUGCUGACCCCAACGGAAGCCGGCACCACCGCAGCACCCCUGUUUACCAUGCCUCUCGCGUGGGCAGGGCUGAUAUCCUGAGGGCUCUCAUCAGGUACGGGGCAGACGUUGAUGUCAACCACCACCUGACUGCUGACACUCAGCCCCCUUUCUCCCGGCGGCUCACCUCGUUGGUGGUCUGCCCCCUGUACAUCAGCGCGGCCUACCACAACCUGCAGUGUUUCAGGCUGCUGCUGCAGGCUGGGGCAAACCCCGACUUCAAUUGCAAUGGCCCUGUCAACACCCAGGAGUUCUACAGAGGCUCCCCUGGCUGUGUCAUGGAUGCUGUCCUACGCCAUGGCUGUGAGGCUGCCUUUGUGAGCCUGCUGGUCGAGUUUGGAGCCAACCUGAAUCUGGUGAAGUGGGAAUCGUUGGGCCCAGAAGCGAGAGGCAGAAGGAAGGUGGAUCCCGAGGCCUUGCAGGUCUUCAGAGAGGCCAGAAGUGUUCCCAGGACCUUGCUGAGUUUGUGCCGAGUGGCUGUGAGGAGAGCACUUGGCAAAUACCGGCUACAUCUGGUUCCCUUGCUGCCUCUGCCAGACCCCGUAAAGAAGUUUCUACUUUAUGAGUAGAGUUGAGUGGCAGCAUUGACUACAGUGAGGAACAAGGUGUUGUCCGUGAGCGCUCACACUGACCCGCACAUUUUGUGAACCGUAUCCUGUGCUGCCAACUUUCCCUUGGCUCUUGGUCAACAAGGAACGGCCUUGUUUUCAUGGAUUGUGAUUUUAUCUCAGGUGCUUGGGCCAUUGAACACUCCUGGGGUCAUUGUUAACCGAGAGGCACAUACAAAACUUAAUUUUGUUCUUCCUAACUAUCUGUUUUGGAUUUUUGUGGUUGCAUAUUAAUGAACUGGGCUGUAGAAUGUGUGCAGUGUGGGCUGAGGUUUGGGGUUGCUGGUACCCCAAGAAAGGAAGACUCCUUGCAUUUUCCGGACCUGUGCUUCCGUUUGUUUUCCUACUUUGCAACUUAAUUGUUCUUUUAGGGCCUGGUAUCAAGGGAUAAGGGAGCCGGGUAACAAGUAGGAGCAGAAAUACAGUUCAUGAACUCGCUGGCCUGUCUUCCUGCUCUUGGGGUUCAGUGCUGCAUGCGGAGCACGCACACUCCUUUCUGCCGCUGCGUCCUCUGUUGGGAGUUGUCUGCAUCCCAGGAUGGCUUCCUGGCUGCUCGCACUGCUGCUACCCCAGGUGUGAAGGUCCCAGUGCUGCACCUGCUUUUCUCUCCCGUGCCUUGAAUCAGGGCGGCAGGUAGAAGGAGUUUUCUGUCAUGUCACCCUAGGGAACUUCCAGACAGGGAUUAUCCUUAGGAGGCCCACACAGAGCUUUGCCAGUAAGUGACUGCCCACAUUUAGACCGUUUAGAUCAACAGCUCUCACUGCCAGUCCCCACAGAAGAUGACACCUGAUGCCCUCCAGACCCUCACGUAUCAGAACUUGGGAAUGUCGUUGGUCCUCUGGGUGGCUCCAGCUGCACUUAUUUGGGCACGGGCAGAAUGUUUGAUGAGUGCUUUCUCAAGCCUCCCUCUUUGGACCUAAUGCCUUGGUAGGUGCUCCUCGAGUGUGCAAAUGGGUGGCAGGGAGGCUGGAACUCUGUUGUGCCCAGGCUUGGUGGGUGAGAGGACGUAAGCUAUCAUUGCUAGUGCCUUUGCCUGUGUGGGCAGGGCUUGCUGUCCUGCCCCAGUUGUGCAGCCGUGUGAGUCAUGGGCAGGUGAGGUGGGCCAGAGGCUUUGGCUUUGAGCUUUCCCUGCUACUCCCAGGGAAGUUGUGUCAAGUCAUUUGAAGCCUUUGAGGACCUUUGUGUGGAGCUGUGGUGAUUCCAGAGUUCAGAAGAUUUUAAAAAUCUGUUUAGAUUUUCAAUCACAAGGAACAUCUAACCUUUAAUAAUCAUCAUUACUGCAUAUUUUGGGACAAGCAGGUUUUAAAUUUCUUUAGAUUUUCAGCCAUAAGAGAAAUCGAACCUAUCAUCAUCAUCACUAUGUGAUCACCUGACCAGAUGGGCAGUGAAUGUCCUUUGUGUUCUGUGGCCUUGAGAGUCUCAGGUGGGCUCUGCAGGAAGACCUAGCUGGCUCACAUGUGCCACAUGCAAUUUGGGGGAGAAACGCCACCAGCCGAGUCAGUGGGGCACACACUUAGCUGAAGUUACAUGGUUGGAGCAGGGAUGGCAUGUAAGUGCAGGCUGCGUUGCUGAGGCUCAGUAACACUGCUGCUCCUGUGGGUGAAGUCAGGGAGCCUUCCUCAGAGGGGAGAGGAGCAGCGGGUGGUGUGUGCAGGCAUGCAGCUGGAGCCUAGUGCGAGAGAGAGACCGGUUCCCUGGGUUCUUUGUGGCAUUCCAGGUGGGAUGAGAACCAAAGUUGGACUGUGGCCCAGGCAGUAGCUCUAGGGUGUGAGGAAUCAUUAUGCGGAAGUUUGAGUCACACAGCUCUUCACUUGUAGAGGACAUGGUCAGCUUCCCCUAUGCUAGGUUUUGGACCUUAUAGCUGCUUGACCUGAAUAUGGAGCAGCAUUUGGAGGUGACUAAGUUUGUUUCUCCUUGUCUCCAAUGGUGCUCUUCUAAUGUGUUACAUUUCCUUGGAGGUCAGGGAUAAGAUGGGCACAGAGGAGCAGCUCUGUAAGUGUGAGCCCUUUUUAAACCCUUGGUACCAUGUCUUACAUAGCAAAGAAGUGUGGUGGGGCUUGAAGCUGCUGCUUCCUGGCCCUGGGCUGUCGCCAGCAGAGAAGCUCAGUGCCUUCGAUGGGUGCCUCAGCUCAUCCCAGGAGUGUCUGUGUGACUGUUAAUACUCCUGGGACAGCCACCGGCCGUGAAUAGAGCCGUGCACCUUGAGUCUUGGCUGCUGUGAAUAGAUGGGCUAGGCAAACGGGUCGAGGCCGCACUGAUGGCUCAGAAUUCAGCUUUGCUGUCCUGGGUUUUAAAGAUAAAUUUCCAGAAACCUGCUAAUGUCACACAUUCUUUGACUGUUUCACAUCUGUUUGUUGGUUGGUUGGUUUGUUUGUUUGUUUGUUUGUUUGUUUUAUUUAUUUAUUUAUUUAUACCUUUCCUAAUUCAAAAAGAGGGCUUAAGGCAGCGUUUUUUUUUUUUGUCUUUGGAUGUUUUGUUUUGAUAUUAGGUAAGUAUGGGCAAAAUAUACUCAUUAAACAGGUAAAUUAGUAAAUUCCUAGCAAUGUUUCUGUUUCCAUGCAUGAGUGCCAUUGUUUUAAGGUUUUUCUUCUACUUCUUUGAUGCAUGGAUUCUUAAAAUGUUCAUGAAAGAAAAAAAGCAAUGGGCAGCAACUAUGUGCCUGAGAAUGCCUGAGCUGGCUCAGCUCUGUCCUGAGCACUGGAAGCUCUUCCUGUGGGACCUUUGCUAGGCUCCACAUGUUGGUGUGUGAACUCACGUGCACAGCACUUUCCAUGGGCUCUGGUGAGCUGGUGUGUGAGCUCACGUGCACAGCACUUUCCAUGGGCUCUGGUGAGCAGGUGUGAGCUCACGUGCACAGCACUUUCUGUGGGCUCUGGUGAGCAGGUGUGAGCUCACGUGCACAGCACUUUCCAUGGGCUCUGGUGAGCUGGUAUGAGCGCACGUGCACAGCACUUUCCAUGGGCUCUGGUGAGCAGGUGUGAGCUCACGUGCACAGCACUUUCCAUGGGCUCUGGUGAGCUGGUAUGAGCUCACGUGCAUAGCACUUUCCAUGGGCUAUGGUAAGCGGGUAUGAGAACUCUGCAGGCAGGCAGAGACUGAGGAUUGUGUGUCGUACUUGGGGAAAAUUGUCCAUUUCUGGGUCCAGUGUUCCCAGUUAGACAACAAACUAAACAAAGUCAUGACAUGGGAUGGUACUUUUUUUGUAAAAUAAUUUUAUUUAUUUAUUUAUUUAUUUGAGAGAGAGAAAGAGGCAGAGAGAGAGAGGGUAGAGGGAGAGAAUGGGCAUGCCAGGUCCUCCAGCCACUACAAACUUAACUCCAGAGGCAUGUGCCCUUUGUGCAUCUGGCUUAUGUGGGUCCUGGAGAAUUGAACUGGGAUCCCUUGGCUUUGCAGGCAAACACCUUAACCACUAAGCCAUCUCUCCAGCCUAGGAUGGUACUUCUGCUUUCUGCAAUGCUCCUGAUUGAAGAACAAAAUUUUAACUACCCUUUGUCAAUCUCCAGACUUCCUUUUUGAAUUAAGAUUAAGCUUGUUGCUGGAAUCCUGAAGUUAGGGAGCCACAGUGCAGUGGUAGUGGAUGUUUACGUAUUAGGGAGAAAAUCUCGGGCUCUUCAGUCACUUGCUGCUGGUGAAGGGCAUGAACGCUUUCCCACCACUGUGGUCUGGUAGUAAAUCCUGGGAUCACUGACUGGUCUGAGAUGUAUAGACAUCUCUGCUGGACCUCCAGCCACUCCAAGUCAUGUGAAGUGGUGUGGCCUUGGUGAGCAUUGCCCUGUCUCUGAGGACCAAGAAGCUUACGAUGGGAUGCUGAUGAUGGCAUCAGAGGUGGCUUGUGCCAGCCCAUCAGGCACUCAGUAACCAUUUGUGGCCUACAGGGAUCUGAACUUUCCACCGGUACAGACAGACUCCCAAAAGUGCCUGUUGAUUACAGGAGCACCUCUCUCUUCUGUGCGCACUUUUGCCUUGCUUCCCUACCUCUGCUCCCAGUGCAAUAAAGCAUUUGAAAAUAUUUGGUAGGCAUGCAUAAGUGGGUGCCAGGUUGCACCUUCCAUUCCAGGAGAGUCCCACACAGGGAGCAUGUAGGCUUUGAAGUAGAUGCUAGUGCAUGGGAUAUAUACUAUACACUCUAGUUGGGGUGGAGAUGGACCCAGGACACAAGGGGUCUUACAGGGUGGUGAGGUAGCACAGCAGUUUAAAGGGGCUGGCUUACUGGAGGGCUUAGAUUGUCUUAACUUGUAUUGCUCAGUGUCAGGAAUGCAUGGAGCUCCUCAUUGCAGCCUUCAAUACUAGGGAUGGAACCCAGGGCCUGGGCAUAAUAGACAAGAUAACCCUCCAGUGAUGGUUCUUUUAUUAAAUUGCUUUAAUUUCAUGCUUUCUUAGGUAUACAGAAUAAUGGGGAAAUGUGCUUAAAUCUGACUUGAGGUUGGCAUUUAAGAAGGUAGCUGUCUUGUACAUACAGUGUGCAUCUGACAUUUAGCAAGCAGUACCUGCUCUGUCCUGCAAUGUGGGCACAGUUCCCACUGCUUCUGUAGCUGUUGGGCAUGUGAAAUGUGACCUGCCCUGGGGACUGUGUGCCUGGUGAUUUGCUGGAGAGAAGGCUCAUCACCAACCUUGAGACUGAGCAUGAGCUUGUCUACAGUGGCCACAACUGUCUGUUUCUGCCCUUGUGCCUAGUUCAGAGCUCUCAAAAGUGUGAUGGACAUUUUGGUGUUAUAACUUGAAUAAAUGCUUUAUUUUAAA